CUUAUCACGUUUAUAUCGUGCAAUCGCCUCAGUAUUAAUUCCGCUGCGCCACCAUGAGCUCAGAAAGAAUAGACCUAACAGGGGAAAAGGAGAAGGGAAGGGGCAACUACACCCUCAGACCCAGGGCUGUCAUGUACCCCAUGGCCCAGGACACGACGGGUGCUCCCCAGAAACACAACAACUUCAUCGUCAUCAACGUCGGAAAAGCGGCUAUUACAGCAGAAGUGGAGUACGGUACCAGAGAGAUCAGACUGGGCGUGCUGGCGAAGCGGUCGAUCCAGCCGGGCGAAGAGGUGGCUCUGGAACUGGGCGAUGGGAAAUUCGAAGUCACGGCGUUGAAAAUCACGAACGCGACGAAGACGAAGGCGGCGUUCCAGGUGGAAGGCGGCGAGAGCGUGCUGCCCAAGAGCGUUACCGAGCACUACAGCGAAUUGUUGGGUACAGCCGGUUAAUUGAUGACAGGAGCUGUCAAAGUACAGAUGUGAUUCUCGAUGGGGAACCAAAAGAUGUAGAAAUAGCUAGUUUAAGUGAAACUAAAUAAACGCUUCAAAUCGA